AUGGUCUCAGUAUUUCUAUCGGGGCUUUUAGCGACCCUUGUUGCUCAAACAGUUGAUGCUUAUGUUGUUCCCCAAGGGAAACUCCCAGACCUUCAUAAACUCGGUACUCAGGAUUACUUGUUCCCUUAUCUGGCUGGUGCGGCACCCUAUUUUUCUUUUCCAGGUAAUUAUGGCAUCCCAACAACUGCACCAGAAGGUUGUGAGAUUUCACAAUUACAGGUAAUCGCUAGACAUGGUGAAAGGUAUCCUACUACUGGCAGAGCUAGACGCCUUUUCAGUACUUAUUACAAGUUGUCUAACUAUACUAGAGAAUUCAACGAAUCUCUUUCGUUUUUGAAUGAUGACUAUACUUUUUUUAUUUCAGAUUCAAAUAAUAUCGAACAAGAAACAACCUAUAAGAACUCACUAGAUGUUUUGAAUCCUUACACGGGUCAAAGAGACGCUGAGAAGCACGCACGUCAAUUCUUAGAUGAAUAUAGUGCUCUUUUAGAAAACACAACAUCCUUUCCAAUCUUCGCUGCAAGCUCUAGAAGAGUUCAUGAUACUGCCCAGUUCUUCAGUAAGGCUUUGGGUGAGAAGUACAACGUCACUUUACAAGUGGUUAGCGAAGCUCCAACCUCGGGAGCAAACACCAUAAGUGCUGGUAACGCAUGUCCCGGAUGGAAUGAAAGUGCCAACGCAAACAUAACAGACGCUUUCUCAACUGAUUAUCUGAAAAAUAUCGCCAGCAGAUUGAAUAGGCAAAACAAAGGUCUCAACUUGACUCAAACUGAUGCAUUCAAUUUGUUCAACUGGUGUGCCUUUGAAAUAAAUGUCCGUGGUUACAGUUAUAUGUGUGAUGUCUUCACGCAAGAAGAGCUUAUUAACUACUCUUAUUACGAUGAUUUGACCUCUUAUUAUCAGGAUGGACCUGGUUAUGAUAUGAUUUACGAUGUUGGAUCUAACCUUUUUAACGCUUCUGUCAAGUUAUUGAAACAAAGUGAGGAGUUGGAUCUUAAAGUUUGGAUUAGUUUCACUCAUGAUACUGAUAUUGUUAACCUGAUGACUACAAUUGGUUUAUUCGACAACGGUGUAAAGCUAGAUCCAACGUCCGUUCCUUUCCGCGAUCUGGUUUAUCGGAAAUCCUGGCAGACUCCCCAAGGUGCUAGAUUGUAUACCCAAAAAUAUAAAUGUUCCAAUGAAACUUACGUCAGAUAUGUUUUAAAUGAUGCAGUUAUUCCUCUCGAGAGCUGUAAAAGUGGUCCAGGCUUUUCUUGCCCUACGACAGAAUUUUACGAUUAUGCUGCUGACAGAAUGAAUGGUAGAAAUUUCUAUAAGUCUUGUGAUGUCGCUAGCGUUAGCAAUGUCACUGAAUUAACAUUUUACUGGGACUACAACGAGAGACAUUAUAAUGAUACUCUACUCAAUCAGUAG